AUGGUUUAUUUCCGACUUGGUAAAUGUACUAUUUGCCAUACUCGUUUGAGUCCUGGCAAUAUUUAUACUUUGAAAAAUUGUAAUCACACAUACCAUAAAAAUUGUAUUACUCGUUGGAUUGAAGGAGGGUCAGAAACCUGUCCCCGUUGCCGAACUCAUGCUACUUUGGAUGAUAUUAAGCAACUUUUUAUUGAAGAAGCGGGUGAUGAUUCGCAGGAAUCCGAUGAUGAUGAGUUUACUGAAAGUACGAGUAAUGUGGUUAUACGAACUCCGACUCCGAACAAUACUAUUUUGGAUAUGAAGAACAAAGUUUAUGAGCGUAAAGGUCAAACAGUUGAAGAACAGCGUUUGGUAAGAGAAAUGUGGUUUUAG